CCCGCUACGCGAAGUGUGCAGACGCCGCCGCCGCUUCCCUCUCUGACCCUCCUCCGCGCCUCCGCCGCCACUCUCCGGCCUCCGAUUCCCCGCCCGCCGCCACCGGCUUCGGCUCGCCAACUGGGAUCCCGAGCGAGGGCCGGUUGGCCUGGCCAGCAGGAGCCAUGUCUUGGCAUUUCCCCUUCUUCCUCAUGGUCACGGUGACUCUGCCCUCCGCCUGCCUCCAGUUCAACCCGCAGCCGCUGGAGGAGCUCGGCUCCGACUUAGGAAUCCAGGUUUUCAACCAGAUCGUCAAAUCCCGGCCUCAGGACAACAUCGUCGUGUCCCCCCACGGGAUCGCCUCUGUCCUGGGGAUGCUGCAGUUGGGAGCCGACGGCCGGACCAAGGCGCAGCUCACCGCGGCGAUGAGAUACGGCGUGAAAGGAGUUGGUAAAACGUUAAAAAAGAUCAACAAGGCCAUCGUCUCCAAGAAGAACAAGGACAUCGUGACGGUGGCUAAUGCCAUGUUUGUGAAGAACGGCUCGAAAAUCGAGGUGCCUUUUGUUACGCGGAACAAAGAUGUGUUUCAGUGCGAAGUCCGGAACGUGAACUUCAAGGAUCCAGCCUCCGCCUGCGAUUCCAUCAACGCGUGGGUUAGAAACGAGACCAGGGGCAAGAUCGACAGUCUGCUCUCCCCAGACCUCAUUGACGGCGUCCUCACCAGAAUGGUCCUGGUCAACGCCCUGUAUUUUAAGGGUUUGUGGAAAUCGCGGUUUCGACCUGAGAACACAAAGAAACGUCCGUUUGUGGCAGCCGACGGGAAGUCCUACCAAGUGCCGAUGCUGGCCCAGCUCUCCCUGUUCCGGAGCGGGUCAGCAAGCACCCCCAAUGGUUUGUGGUACAACUUCAUCGAGCUGCCCUACCACGGGGAAAGCAUCAGCAUGCUGAUCGCGCUGCCCAGCGAGAGCUCCACGCCGCUGUCGGCCAUCAUCCCGCACAUCAGCACCAAGACCGUAGACAGCUGGACCAGCAUGAUGGUGCCCAAGAGGGUGCAGGUCGUCCUGCCCAAGUUUACAGCCACGGCACAAACAGAUCUGAAGGAGCCGCUGAAAGUCCUUGGCAUCACCGAGAUGUUUGAUCCAUCAAAGGCAAAUUUUGCUAAAAUAAUAAGGUCAGAAAACCUGCAUAUUUCUCACAUCUUGCAAAAAGCGAAAAUCGAAGUCAGUGAAGAUGGAACCAAAGCUUCAGCAGUCACGACCGCAAUUCUAAUUGCAAGGUCAUCUCCUCCCUGGUUUAUAGUGGACAGACCUUUUCUGUUCUUCAUCCGACAUAAUCCUACAGGUGCCUUCUUAUUCAUGGGGCAGAUAAACAAACCCUGAAAAGUCAUACAGAAGAAGCCAUGCAAAGCAAACCCAACUUUGCCAUGAAGAAAAGACUCCUUGCCUACAUCUCUCAUAGUUCUGUUAAAUAUUUUUGUACACUACUUUCUUUUUCAAAACUAGUUCUUAGAAACAGAGACUCAAUGAUGCAAGCAUUUCUAUUCCAAGAUGUGUUAAAGGUGGGAAAAAGGUCAGGAUGGCUAGAACACUGUACUGAGAUGAAUAGAAAGGCUUCCAAAUGUUUAAAAGAUUCUUUAAACUACUGAGUGGUUACCUAGGUAACAACCCUCUUGAGUAUUUACUGUCCAGUUCAGGAUUUUUGUUUUGUUUUGUUUAUAUGUAUGGCUUUGCAGAAGAAAUUUAAUCAGUGUGACGGGGGUGGGGGGAAAGACAUUUUAUGGUAGCUUAUACAUUUUUAUGAAAAAAUAUAUUAUUGGCCUCUUUAAAUUUUUUUUUUUGGUCCCAUCCAAAGUCUUGAUAGUAAGCAUUAUUUGGGGGGUAGAAAUAGUGAAAUCUCCAGCCUCUUUGUGUUUAUGAUGUUGUUGUCGUCGUCGUCGUUUUAUAUAAUGCAUGUACUCACUAAAAUAAAGUUUUAAAAUCUAAUGUCUUGCUAGACAAGGUUUGCUGUUGUGCAGUGUGCCUGUUGUCACUGGUCUGUACUCUUUGGAUUUGCAUUUUUGUAUUUUGUACAAAGUAAAAAUAAAGUGUUAUGAGUAGUAAAAGAAGAAAAAAAAACUAUAUGUCUGCUAUUUGAAAGUACAACACAAGAAAAGACUCCAACCUCUUCUAAUAAGCCUGUGCACUUUGGUAAACUGCAGAAAACCCAAGACCCCUGGUUUUCUUCUCGAACCUGGCAAAUGGACACUAUUUCCUGCUUCACCCCUUCUCAGUCUGCAGAUUCCUUCAGAGGAAUAACUGUCUCGUUAACCCCUCUGAUCUCAGCUGCCUGUCACUCCGGCGAGGAGGCAUCAGCAAGAGUGGGGAUUUGUAGCCGGAGCAGAAAGACGUAGCUGGGGACUGACACAUUGGAAAUCGGAGUGAGCGGUGGAUGUGUCAUUUUUGGUGACAGGCUGGAGCAUUUAUUUUUUGAAAUGACAAAAUUUGGGGGGGGGAUUAAUUAA